CAUAGGUAUACCCCUCCUCUCUCUCUCUCUCCAUCGCAGAGGGCCAGAGGCACUCAAAAAGUUCAUUCACAUUCACUGCAACUCUCUCUCUCUCUCUCUCUGUGUCUAGAAGCACCAUUCUCCUUCCACUUUUGAGGUGUUUUGGCAAAAUAGGCAGAAGCAAGAAAAGCUCUCCUCCGUGGCCAUGGUGGAUGCGACAAAGCACAUGCCAGUCACCGGCGGAACUCUGAUCUCAGACAUCAAGAGCCUGGUUUCCAUCAUCAGAACCAGAAGAACCGUUGUUUUUGCAUAUGGGUUCGUUUUUGCUUUUGUUGCUUUCACUGUUUUCUUAGCCUUCAGUCCCUCUUCCAACUCCGUCUCUCCUUGGUUCGCCAACAUCUUCUCAGGUAGUAGUAGCAGUAGCAGUACUAGUUCAUCGAGUAAUUCUAACGGAUCCCAGUUCUCAAAUAUUUUCUCUUACUUCUUUCCCGACAACUCACCUCCACAACAACAACAUCAUAACUUCGCUUCUCCUCCUCCACAAACCGACACAUUUAGAUCUAAUGUUACCGCAUUCCAAUCUCCCAAUCUCUCUAAUUCACCGCCCACCGAGACAAACCAUACUCAAAGUAGAGUGAGUUCUGAUAAGGGUAAAGUCCCAAAUCCAAAUCAGACUAAAGUAGUUGCCCCAGAAACCACGGUGACAGCGAAUCACAGUGCAAAUUUGCCGGUGGAUUCGGCUCCUAGUGUGAAUAAAGAAGCACCCUCUGUGAAAAAUCUAACUCAGAGCUCGGAGAACGCAAAUCAGACUACAACAGCUGCCCCAAAAGCUCCGGUGGCUAAGAAUCAGAGUGCAAGUCCCCCAGUUAAAUCGGAUUCUUCAUUGAAGAGCAAUUCUGGUAAAGAAGUGAAAGGCGUUGCAGGGAAGGGUGAGGUGUCGAAUAAUACGACUUCUCUGUCGAAGAAACAGGGAAAUGGGACUAAUUCAGGGGUGUCGGUGAAGCAGGGGAAGGAUAGUUUGGUGGAGUCUUUGAUGAAUUGUGAUUUAUUUGACGGGGAUUGGGUGAGGGAUGAUUCAUAUCCGCUUUACAAACCUGGGUCCUGCUCCCUCAUCGACGAGCAGUUCAAUUGUAUUUCGAAUGGCAGGCCUGAUAAAGAUUACCAGAAAAUGAGAUGGAAGCCUAGGGGAUGCAAUCUGCCAAGGUUGGACGGACGUCGAUUGUUGGAUAUGUUGAGAGGCAAGCGGCUAGUUUUUGUUGGUGAUUCUCUGAAUAGGAAUAUGUGGGAAUCUCUGGUUUGCAUCUUGAGGAACUCAGUGAAAGAUCAGAGCAAGGUUUAUGAAGCACAUGGUAGACACCAUUUCCGAGGGGAAUUUUCAUACUCUUUCAUAUUCAAAGAUUAUGACUUCUCUGUAGAGUUCUUUGUAUCUCCUUUCUUAGUUCAAGAAUGGGAAAUGCCAGACAAAAAUGGAUCAAAGAAGGAAACACUUCGUCUUGAUUUAGUGGGGAAAUCUUCUGAUCAAUACAAACGAGCAGAUUUCAUCAUCUUUAACACUGGACACUGGUGGACUCAUGAAAAAACUUCCAAAGGGAAAGACUAUUAUCAAGAAGGAAGCCAUGUCUAUGGUGAACUGAAUGUUCUUGAGGCAUUUAGGAAAGCUUUAACUACAUGGGCCAGGUGGGUUGAUGCCAAUAUAAAUCCAUCGAAGUCUCUGGUCUUCUUCAGGGGUUAUUCUGCCUCCCAUUUCAGCGGUGGACAGUGGAACUCUGGUGGGCAAUGUGACAGCGAGACUCAGCCCAUCAAGAAUGAGACUUAUCUCAGGCCAUAUCCACCCAAGAUGACCGUUUUGGAGAAAGUGCUCAAGGGGAUGAAAACUCAUGUCACCUACCUGAAUAUUACAAGAAUGACAGAUUUCCGGAAGGAUGGCCACCCUUCAAUCUACCGGAAGCGGAGCCUGACGAAGGAGGAAAGGCGAUCGCCACUGAGGUUCCAGGACUGCAGCCACUGGUGCCUUCCUGGUGUUCCUGAUGCUUGGAAUGAGGUUUUCUAUGCUGAGCUCCUAGUUAAACAGCACAAGAAGCAGCAGCAUGAGCAGAAGAGAUCUUAGGUAAAACUACACAAACUUAGCGGCUGCAUCAAAAAUUGAAGUAAUCGUUGAGUUGCAAUCGCAUUCACACGUAGUUGCAAUAUAAUUUUUUUUUUUAUUGUUCCCUUUUUGGAAUUUAUAGUAACAAAUACGAUACACGAGAUGACUUGGUAAAGAGUGUUCUUCCUAUAAAUUAUGGACGAGAGGAGAUAUAUAAGAAAUGGAUACUGUUGGAAGAGGUCAAUCUGUGCAAAAAAAAAAAGGUGGGGAAGGAGAGGAGAAUAUAGAACAAAGGGGAGAGAUUCCAACUUGUGGUUUAAGUUAUAGUUGGAAAUUGUCACCCUGCCUCCACUUCAUAUUCUUUUAGCUAAGCCUCAAAAGGCUUUGAGGAUUGCAAUUUGUAAAUCUCUGAUUAUUUAGUUUGUUUUGUUUGAAAUAAAACAUCAGUUGUGAGUA